AUGGAUCAUCAAGAUCGAGAAAUUGUUAUUAAUAGAUGGUUUGAUCUGCGUCGAAGAGCUGUAGCUCAACUUAUGUGUGCAAUUGUUUACCUUUAUGUGAAUUUGGAGGGUUUUGAUGCUCCUCAUUUUGAUUUUACUGUACCUGAAACACAAUCAUCAGACCCUUCUCCUAUAGCAAGUGGUAGUAAAAAGAAAAAAUUGAAAGUGGCUAAGAAUAAAGAGUCAAACAAUGAAAUGAUUGAAAUGAAAGAGUCAAUGAAUAUGGUUGCUGAAGCACUACGAGAAGGAAAUGAAAUAAUGAGAGAACGUCAAAAAUAUGAUCUGCCUCUAAUUUCUGGUCAAGAAACAUGGAAUUUAAUAGAGGGUUGCGGGUGUGAGGCAGCGUCAUUGCCUGAGAUAUAUUGUGCUGUCAUGAACGAUGUUAACAAGCUUAGAAUGAUUCUCCAAUGUCCACUUGAAGCACGCAAAGCUGUGAUAAUGCAACUGGUCUUUGGUUCAUCUGAUUAAUCAUCCUAUAAUGGUGCUAUGAUGUUUAUGAAUACUUUAUUUGCAUUUUAAUAUGUUUUUUAAUAUUUGGAACACUUGUUUGAAUAUUUACGAAUAUUUUGGAGGU